CGCCUAGCUUCAUUUGAAAGAACUGUCGCGUUUGUUUUAGGUUUCCUAAGUAUUGCAAUGAAAUGUGUUUAAUUAUUUUACAGAAUUUAAUUAAUCUUAGAGAAGUACCGUAAGUUGUAUUUAAGUUUAGCCUAUUUAGGUUACGUUUUUCAAAAGCUAUUAAGCAGUGAAACGUUUGGGUGCAAAUAUAACCGUGGGGCUGUAAAUCAUAGAAUCUCAGGAGACUCUGUUGUCUUUUCUUCACACAUGGACUGUGAGGACCCCAGUGUGUGUAUCAGCGUGAGUGCACGUGCGUGUAGUAAAUCCCAAGUCGUCUCAUAGGGUACCUGAAGUCACCAUGCCAGGCUGGUUCAGGAUGAAGUAACAGCAGAGAUACAAGCCAGCGUCCUCCCUACUACCUAUAAGAGGUGUUGGUCUUGAAUUCUCAUCACAUUGACAGCCAGUUUGACUCCGGGCAGGAACACGACCUCCGAUCGCCCUGAUAUUAGCUUGCGGCCAAACCGUCGAAGGCUCAAGCAGAUCCUGGAUUACAUUCGGUUGGUGGGCCAGUCCGAGUGGUCCGAGCAUUUUCCUGACUGCGGCGGUACAUCUCAGUCCCCUGUUGACAUUGUGACCACCCACACUAAAUAUGACCCCGCUCUGCUUCCUCUGACCCCGCUGGGCUACAGCCAGCACGGCAACAAACCCUUCACCCUGUACAAUAAUGGACACACAGUGGUGGUUGAGCUGCCAGAGUGGAUGGGACUGGGGGGGCUGCCCUGGCUCUAUACAGCUGCACAAAUGCAUCUUCACUGGGGCAGCGGCGGCCCGAGCCACGGGGGCGGUGAGCACACCAUCAACGGACAGAGUGCGGAUGCAGAGGUGUGUUUGGACCCAAACCACUGCACUAACAGUAAAACCACAAGCAGUCGAGAGAUGUGACGAAGGCCUGAGAAAAUGCAAAAAAAAGCUGCACGUGGUGCACUACAACUCGGAGCUCUACCCCAGCGUUUCCACGGCGAUGACGCAGAGAGACGGCCUGGUGGUCCUGGGAGUUCUCAUUGUGACAGGUGAAGAAACCAACGUAGCAUUUAAUAACAUCCUCAACUACCUGAGCCGCGUCAGACAUGCUGAUCAGAAAGUGUCCAUUCCCGCCUUCGACAUCCAGUCCCUGCUCCCUACGGACCUGGGGAGCUACUAUCGCUACAACGGGUCCUUGACCACGCCGCCCUGCUACCAGAGCGUCGCCUGGAUAGUGUUCAACGAAAGGGUCCAAAUCUCCAAGGCCCAGCUGCUGAAGAUGGAGACUCUGCUGUACUCCACUAGAGCCGAGGACGAGUUCAGGAUCCUGCUGCAGGACAACUACCGCGUAACACAGCCGCUCAACCACAGAGUCGUCUUCACCUCGUUCUCUGCAGAGUCGGGGAAGGAGCUGACGUCCGGUGAGGUCACAGCCAUAGUGAUCGGCGUCAUGUGUGGCUGCGUGGGCCUGGCGGUGAUCGUCCGCUUCGUCGUGAAGACCAUACGAUUUUUUAAGCUCCUCCACCAAGAAACAGUCGUGGUAAACAGCUCUACCUCUAGCUGGGACGUCCUGCCCAGUAACCGGCCUGCUCCCAUGCCCAGGGUUAACGAGCCAAAGAAAGCAAAUGAUAAAAAGCAAGACGUGGCUCUGAACUCGACAUCUGACUCAGAGAAGAAGGAAGAGCCUCUGCCGCCUCCUCAGACUGAGCCCUAGCGGACCCAGCUCAGACCCCCCUCCUCCCCACCGCCGUCAGGGAUGUGACUGACCUGUGUCUCCUCAGACACGCGUUCUCAUGCAUUAAGACAGGGGGAGGGGAACACAACGUGGACACACAUCCAGUAGCAAGUUUGCACGUGAAGCACUUGUUGUGAAGUCAGUCAGUUUGCUGUGCCUGAGAUGCACAUCUGGUUCAUGUAAAGUAAAUACUAUAAAUAAUAUAUAUUAUUGUUUUUGUUUAUAUUUUGCUCCUGUUUCUUCUUUGUUCAUCCGGCUGUGACACACCUGCACGCUGCGCACCAUGUAGUGGUUGUAAAUAGUCACGGUAACAUUUUUCUUUUAAUUUCCCCCCAAGACGAAGUGAAAGGUAAUUGAAAGGUCAAUUCUAACGAAAGGAACCUGAAGCACAUGUUUGAUCUGUUCACGCCGUCUGAAGGAGAGAUAAUGUAGUAGAUAGAGGAGCUCUGUGCCUGGUGCUUGGUGCAGUUUGAGUAAUUGACUAUUUGCUGUAUAUAACUCACCACCUUGGGCCAUCACAUUAAAACACUAAGAAUACA